CAUCCGCCGCCACGCCCAGGCGAUUAUGAGAGUGCAUCACUUCAAGCUCCAUCAACAGCUUCACCCGCAAACACCCAACAUCGUCAUGGAAGUGGCACGCAUAGCCAUGAACGGGCAAGCCCUCAGCAGAAAUUCCAUUUCUGCGACUCUGGCCAGAAGAUCCACACCUCUCCUCCGCGCUUCAUCUAUUCCUCUCCAAAGAGCUCAGCAAAGACACUUACAUCUUACCCCUCGAGCUCCAGCACCCAAUACCAGCCUGCUAGGAAUCAACAACUCGAAAAUCCCCACGUCAUACUUCACCCGUCCUUCUUUACCAGCAAAUACCAUUAUUCGUUUCGUGCCACAGCAGACAGCAUGGAUUGUCGAGCGAAUGGGAAAGUUCAAUCGGAUUCUCGCCCCGGGACUGGCGAUUCUGGUGCCGUUUAUUGAUCGCAUAGCUUAUGUGAAGAGUUUGAAGGAAUCGGCGAUUGAAAUUCCUAGUCAGAGUGCGAUUACAGCGGAUAAUGUUACACUUCAACUGGAUGGUGUUUUGUACACUAGAGUGGUGGAUGCUUAUAAGGCUAGGUAAGCUUGCAGUUUUAUUUCCUUUUGACAAAAUAUGAACUAACAACACAAGUUACGGAGUCGAAGACGCCGAAUACGCCAUCGGUCAACUCGCCCAAACAGCUAUGCGUUCAGAAAUUGGUCAACUAACACUCGAUCACGUCCUGAAAGAGCGAGCAGCCCUUAACACUAACAUCACCCUCACAAUCAACGAGGCCGCUCAAGCCUGGGGUGUGGUCUGUCUGCGAUACGAAAUUAGAGAUAUCCACGCCCCAGAAGGAGUUGUAGCAGCCAUGCAUCGACAGGUUACCGCCGAGCGCAGUAAACGGGCUGAAAUUCUGGAAUCAGAAGGUCAAAGACAGAGUGCUAUUAAUAUCGCAGAGGGAAGAAAGCAGAGUGUCAUUCUCGCAUCUGAGGCGUUGAAGAGUGAGCAGAUCAAUAUGGCUUCUGGAGAGGCUGAAGCUAUCCUGUUGAAAGCCAAGGCGACUGCAGCUGGGAUUGAAGCCGUUGGACGAAGUAUUUCGGAAGGAAAGGAAGCUGCUCAGGGAGCUGUCAGUUUGAGUGUCGCUGAGAAGUAUGUUGAUGCUUUUGGCAAGUUAGCCAAGGAGGGUACAGCUGUUGUUGUACCUGGAAAUGUUGGUGAUAUCGGCAGUAUGAUUGCCAGCGCUAUGGCGGUAUACGGACAGGUUGGGAAUGCGCAAUCAAAAACUAUGGCUGCGAGAGUAUUAGAAAACUCCUCAUCGGAAAGCACGCCCGAAAUUUAUGGAUUGGAGACACCAGCUGAUGAAAUGAAGAGGACCAUGCUCGCUUCUUUCGAGAAUACGAGACAGAGGAAGUAG